AUGGCAGUAAUUGCAGUAUUAAUAGCAUUGGUAGCAAUAAAAGAACUCACAACAGUAAUAUCAGUAAUAGCAAUACUAGCAAUACAAAAGGGUAGCAAUAACAGAAAUACUAAAAGUAUUAGGAAUAGCAAAAAUAGUAUCAAUAUUGGGAAUAGAAGAAAUAGUAGCAUUAGCAGCAUUAUAAGAUAUAAUAGGAAUAGCAGCAAUAGUAGCCAUUGUAGCAAUAUUAGGAAUAUUAGAAGUACUCGUAACCAUGUUAACAAUAGUGGCAAUUUUAUCAAUAAUAGCAAUAAUAGUAACACUGGUAGCAAUAGUAACAAUAGCGAAAGUAAUACCAAUAGUACAAGUAACAAUAAUGACUGUUAUAGUAGGAAAGGCAGUAGUAUUAAUCAUGCUACAUAUAAUGGUAGUCGUACCAAUAGCAGCAAUGACAGCAAUACUAGUAGUAGUAGCAAGAAUGAUAGUGAUCGUACCAACCGUAGUAAAGAACUGACUUUACGAAUUAAUUAUUACGUCGACAUCAUGACUGCAAUUAAAAAUAUUGUAUUACAUAAGUGGAUACUGGCCUUCAAUGCCUUAAUGCGAAACUGCGAUGGUACGCUGUUACUUUUGCACGUUGCCCAAAAUACUCUACUCGCUCAAGAUAUUGAUAUUCAGCCUAUACGCGCUGCCACCACAAAUGGCCCAAAACAACUAUGCAUUAUCAUCAUUGAGGAGUUUUCCGUAUGCAGUUAG